AACAUGUUCCGCUCACUUCCCCUCCUGGGGACCUUGAUUGCCACCAGCCUUGCCCUGGAUUCCAGCCCACUGGAACUGCGGCUGCCACAUUUGCACCACCUCCGUCAACUCAGCCAACACUCUUUCGAGGUCGAAUCUGCCACCUUCCCUGUAUACAAUCUCUCCGUGCCCAUUGACCACUUUCACAAUGAAUCCCGCUACGAACCGCACACCAAUGCCACCUUUGGCCUGCGCUACUGGCUCGAUACCAGCCAUUACCGACCAGGAGGCCCGGUUUUCGUGAUCGCUGCGGGUGAAACCGAUGGAAGCGACCGUAUUCCCUUCCUCUCGCAGGGCGUGGUCACCCAGCUGGCUGCCGCCUACCAUGGAGUUGGCCUCAUCCUCGAGCACCGCUACUACGGGGAGAGCUACCCAUUUGCCAAUCUCACCACCGAGAACAUCCGGUUCCUGACCACUGAGCAAGCUCUGGCUGAUUAUGCCUACUUUGCCUCCAACGUUGUGUUUCCCGAACUCGAGCAUCUGGAUCUCACGGCCGCCACCACUCCGUGGAUCGCUUACGGUGGCUCCUACGCCGGCGCCUUUGUCGCAUUCCUCCGCAAACUUUAUCCGGAGGUCUACUGGGGUGCGGUGUCGUCGUCCGGGGUCACCGAAGCCAUCAUCGAUUACUGGGAAUAUUACGAGCCGAUUCGACUGUACGGGCCGGCACCGUGCAUCUCCGCUCUGCAAACAUCGGUCGAUAUCGUCGACCGCAUUCUCAUCGACCAUGCCGACAAUACGACUCUUGCCGCACAACUCAAAUCCGCCUUUGGAGGAAUUGCCCCCAGCCUCGGAAACCAGGAUUUUGUCUCGUAUCUGUCAUACGGCCUUGAUUCGUUCCAGUCUCGUAAUUGGGACGAGUCCGUCGGCACCCCUCUCUUCCGCGCGUUUUGCAACAACAUUACCGAGUCGCAGCUGCUCUAUCCGGGAACAACCGACCCAAUCUCUACUUCCGUGAAGCAAUUGAUCGAGAUUGCAGGCUACAGUGACUCUAACACUACACUGGUGACGAACUUCCUGAACUGGAUCGGGUUCUUGAAUACCUCGGAGGUAUUCGCCAAUUCAUCCUCGACGGAAUCUUCCAGCACGGCGGAUUUCAGCACCCCACAGCCCCUCACCAAGAGCUCGGGCACCAGCUGGAACUACCAAGUCUGCGUGGAAUGGGGCUAUUUCACCACAGGCUCCUCCGUUCCCUCGACAAUCCAACCACUGAUCUCGCGUCUCCUCGAUCUUCCCUACCUUUCUUCAUUCUGCGCGAGCCAAUUCGGUAUCUCCACGCCCCCAGACGUCCAGCGGAUCAACCAACACGGCGGAUUCAACUUUUCGUAUCCCCGAGUGGCGAUCAUCGGUGGUCUUGCGGACCCGUGGCGCGAUGCGACGCCGCUGGCGGAUGGGGUCGAUUGGGAGAGCCGGAACUCGACCGAUAGCGAGCCGGUCAUUCUUCUGGAUAUUCCUGCGGCGGAUGUCUGGGAUGGGGUUCGGGGGGCAGUGCACCACUGGGAUCAGAACGGGCUGUCCAAACAGGAGAGUAAGGAUGGGAACAAAGCGCCAAAAGAGAUUGUUAGUGUGCAUAAAGAGGCGGUUCGCUUUGUGGGCGUCUGGCUGGGGGAGUGGAAGAGCUCAGCCGUGGAUGAGGAGAAGCUGUAUCAGACGGUUUUAUAGGGUGCAGCUAUAGCUAGAACUGGUAUUCAUAGAAUGCUGCCUAAGUACAUGCCUGUUUAUGAAUAAUCAGCGAAUCUUUCAUUUAUGUCUAUCAGGUCUAAAUGUGCCUCAUGAAAUUACACUUGCU